GUUUCAGUUCAGUUUCGGUUUCUCUAAGGAUACGUUGUUCGUCGCUAGGAGGAUACAGUUAAGCGUGUUUAAUAUUUUCGCCGUGAAUUGCACCAGUCUAUAUGUAUAUUUAUGUGAACCGCGUUGCAGUGCAUGUAAAUACUGCUGAGCAUCGAAUGAGUAAAAGCGGCCUCGUCGAGCCAGUAUUUUCUGGCCGAAGGGAUAUUCGAUAGAGUGCUUCGAAUUAUCUACAGUGGAUUACCCGCUAAUAUAAAAAUGAACCCUAACACUGAAUACAACUAUUUAUAUCAAUGAAAUGCUAUUUCAAAGCAAUUAUAUCAUUCAACUAAAGAUACGACAUUAUGAGCACAGAUCGAACUUUUCAGCAUCAACGAAGACCACCUGACGUUGAGGAGGCGCUCUCAUCUAUGUUGUGGACGCCAUAUGAACGUUCAUGUACCGAUAGUUCCUCGGAUGAAGAUGAUGGACGGGAUUCAGCAAAGCGACUACGUAAAUCCAAUAGUAGUAGUGAUCAUAGAAUCUCCUAUCAACCACUCACCACCACAACGAGCUUUGGUGAAGAAUACCAAUUGUGCCCGCCUAUUGCGAUAACAAAAUCAUCAUUGCCAGAAAAUGUAGCUAACACCAUGCAAUCAACACCGUAUGUGCCUUUUUCCAAUAUUUUUUACAAGAAUAGGAACAACAAUGAUGCAAGUGGCAGUCAUGAAUGCUAUUCUAUAAAGCUUAGCUCAAAUGACAAAAUGGCGGACUCAUUGAGAGAUCAUAGUUUCCGCUUCUCAUAUCCAUUUUAUGGACCCAUUCCUGGCCUAAACAAAACUUGGACUCCAUCGACCAACUUAACCGAGCCGCCUUCAUACGAAUCUCUCUACGCGAAAGUUUCGGUCACAACAGAUCGAUCAGGAACUGAUGCUUAUAGCCCAAGCCUCAAGACCGAUAGGACAGAUGCGCUAACGACGCUCAACACUGACGCGAUCGAGAAGCGGAGAUGUAAAACUAAUUUGGAUGAUCCAAUGGAAAAAGCAUGCGCCCCUCAUUCAUUGAGCGAACCUAACUUGGAAAUCGGUAGAUUAUCAACACCAACGGCUACAAAUGUUGGUACUGAGUCGUUCAUGCAAUUAGAGAAUAGCAGAGAUAAGUUCGUUUGUUCAUCACAUGACAACUACGACGAAUCCGGGUCGAAGAGAAUGAUGCAUUUGAGAAAAACGCGGUCGGCGAAUGGCCGAUCACAACAAACCGAAGAGUACCAUACAACUAUUAACAAGAAUAAUAAUAAAGAUAAUGGUGAUUAUGAUUACACAUUGGGGAAACGACUGCACAUGCAAUCACAGCUCACUAACAGUUCGCAAUCAAUUGCAGUGAUUCAGGCGUUAGCUACAAAUAAUGCAGGCGUUACGGAUAAUAACACAAAAGAAAUGGAAAGAGCAAAGAGAAUAUCACACAAGGCAGAGGAGGUCAGUCAACCUGUUUUCUAUACAGGUAGCAUUAAAAACUCUCCCCCAGCCUCACGUUUACGCACUGGUUUCGUACACCAUCAGAACCGCAAUAACAAUAACAUUGAUAUCAGAUUCAGCACAGAACCGAUGAAUGGUGGUUGCACACACAAUGGAAGACGAAUGAACGGCGAUAGAUCCAAUGGAAGUGCAAACAUAUUUGCUGCGGCUUGGUGCGACAUACCCAUAACAGCUGAGAGAAUGAACUGUGCUCACUUGGAAAGCGACCACAAUGAACUCUAUGCUGUGCCACCGGUGGUUGACGGCGAAGCGAUCAUUCAGUCUGCGUCGUGCUCUUCCUACAGACAUUCAGUUACGGGUCGAUCGCGUUUGUCGUUCGUUACUUUGCCGUCGUAUUCAGUCAUUUGGAAGAAGACAUUAAAGGGUGUGCGCACAAAAGUUAGACGGGUGACACGGCCAAGUUCCGAAAACACAGCACCGUUAGAUGCACUUACACCGAACAAAUGUCUGGCUGAACUAGAGCGCCUGUAUGCUGAAUUUCGAGCGAGUGAAAGUGCGCUACCAGCCGCGUCUAUAGAUGCUGGAGACGGUUGUAAAAGUUUUGAACUGCGCCAGCUUUGCCGCAGCCGUAGUCAAAGUGAUGCGAGUAGUGAGGACAGUGAUUCCAAUAACGGACAUGAUUGUGAACUUUUGAACGUCAAUACCAUUGCGAACGCUGAUAUCAUUGACUCGCCGAACAACAUGCGAUUGAGCAUACCCGCGGCGAACGCAACGAAGUUGCAAGUGCAGCAAACGAAUAUUUUUAAAGUAUUGCCCGCCAGCAGCACGAGUAGUGUUUUUCUAAGCAGCUCCGAAUGUGCAGCCACAGGUUGUCUGACCAGUAAUGAUCGUCCGAGAAGUUGUAACGUCAGUAGCGACGAUCGCUACAGCAAUCUACUGCAUGAAACGAAAAAUAAUAACGGUAAUUGCUCCGAUAGUGUGGAAAAUCAAGAAAUUAAAAAUGACGUCGUUGUUGUUGGUGCCAUUACAAAUUACAACAGGAGCAAUAAUAGUACAAUGGUACCAGAGUUGGACACAUCGGCUAUUAAGACUCAGCCGAGCCUGACAAUACAAGUAAAUUCGGAAAAUAGUGAUCAAAACAAUAACAGCAACGGCACAACUAACAAAAACUACAAAUUUCACUGUUCAACGAAUAAUUGUAAUAAUAAUAAUGUCGUCGGCAUAGAAACUGCGUCGCGAAAUGUUGAGAUCGGUGUACUACCGAAAAGUGCUGUCAAAGACAAUGGCAUAAGUGUGGUCAAUUGCAAUUAUUCCAAUGUUUACCCAGAUAACAACGAAAGUGCAUCUAAAAAGAGUGCAACCACUCACAACACUGUGGAUAGUGUUAUUGUUAAUAGAAGUGUUAGUGAAGUGAGUUCAGUACCUAAUAUAAUAUGCAAAGUAGAGAAAAGGGUGAAUAAUAAUAUUGUAAAUAUAAGUUCAGGCCAAAAUGAUUGCAACGGUAAUGAAAUUCAAACAGUUAGUGUUUCUGAUAGCAUCAAUAUAAUUAGCAUAAGUGCUCCAACGCAGAGUGAGCAGACGAAUGCCCAGCAUCCAAAUACAAGCAUAUCAGUUCCUCUAACAAUAUCGGGAAAGCCAACACUAUUUCCAUCUCAGGUGAGUGGUGUGUCUCGGAAAACUACGUGCACGUCUGCCAUUACUUCGGAACAAUCGCGGUCUUUUACCACAACCGAAUGUCAGACUGAUGAAAUAUUAUCUACGCAAUUGCGACUUGAUCGGGUUCCUGUCUCACCGAUUUUGUCUCGCGUACAAAGACGGCGUGAUAGACGUGAACGACGUCAUUUACAUCAGCAGUUUUCCGCCUCUUAUCCGCAUCCACAUCCGCACCAAUUCCACACAUCCGCUCCGCUGCGCCGUCCACACGAUCGGCAUUCCAUGCCUCCGUGCCCUGCACCUAUUCCAGGUAUAACCACUUUGCAUUUACAGCCCGGUGCUCAUCAUACAUUGGGUCCAUCGUCAACGACCAUCCCAGCGACAAUGUCGGCACUAUUACGUCCAAUGCUUUCGGAUUUGUUGCAUAGGCAUUUUCCACCACCUUAUAGUGCGCUACCGUUGAAUCGUUGUGCGACGACAGCGUUAACAUCUUCUCCGCAUCCCACAAUAGUAGGACCUGCGCCGCCACCACCAGGCACAACUCUUCUUUCGCCUGUGAUAUCAACGGUUCCUAUGCCAGGUAUUUCACCGCCUGUUGUUAGCGAUGGAUGCUUUACUUUACCACUUCCGAUCAUCAGAAGAUCUCCGUCAGAACGUUCUGGAAAAGGUUGCUGUGGUCAAUGGUUUGCCGGACCACCGUUGCGUUCAUUGAUUGCUGUGGUGGCUCUUGGCGGCAUUGCAUGUGCUUUGAGCGGAGCUGCGUUAGGAGCGACAAGCUUUGCAGGACCUCCAUCCUCGCACCUUACUGCUGCGCUCUUAAUGAUCGGUGUUGGGGUUGUCCUAGUAACUGUGAGUGGAGUAGCAUGGCGCAUGACGGCGCCGGGUGGACCACCAUGUCUGGGCUUGGGUUCAGCAGUUGAUUUUUCUCGUUGUGGCCGAAGACCUUGCAGACGUGGAGGAGGUAAUGUACAUGGUUUACUUUAUCCGGAGUUUCAGCAUCGGCCACCUCCGCCUUCUUAUCAGGCCAGUAUGCAAGAAUAUAGAUUGAGACUCUUACUACUGGAUCGUGACAGACGAAAUGAUAUUCGCGGCACUUCCCCGCCACCAACAUAUCGUUCAUACACCGGCAGCUUAAUAAGUAAUAAUAUUGUGUUUUUUAGAGCACCAUUAACGACAACUAUUAGAGGUGGCGGUGCGACUGGCAGCAUUGCAGGAACUUCAGAGUAUAGUUUCCCGCCUAGUUAUAGGUCACGGAACACACCUCCAGCUACGAUAUGCACUGAAGGUAGCGUAGAUACCACCCCAUCGGACAGUUUGCUGCCCAACGAAGACAUUCCAGAAUCGUCCACUGCCACUCAACAACUGAAUGGAAACAGGUGCAACUCAACACUUCUAACCUUAUCCGAACAACCCAGUAGGAGUACAACGGAAAUAUCCCAAAACCCUGAACAGGCUACCAAUUCUCAAGCGCGUCAAGUGUGGACCUCAGCGAUUGUAGAAAUCGAGGCCCCGAACAGCCGAGGAAAUCAAAAUUUUAACAAAAAUGGUCACGAAGCGAAUUACGCCGAAAAUACGAAUGGUGGAAGCUCAAAGGCACAGAAAGAGCAGAUUACAAUUAUCACGAUAUCCAAAAGUGAUGGUUACUCGCAAAGAGACUCGUAUAGUGGCAGAGAACAUAUCGAAAUACUGGCUCAUCUGUAAGAAAUUAAAUAAUAUCAUCUGUGAAGGAAUAUUUCUACACAUAGGGGUUGCUUUUGAACUGCAAAAUCCCGGAAUCAAUUUAACAAAUUUGUAAAAUACGUUUGCAUUUCGAAAUGGAUUUAACAAAAUGUAAAUAUGUUAUUACGUAGUACUACUUGGCUACAAGCAAUUACCUUUCCAUUUUCCUAUGAAAUGGGACGUUGAAGUAUUUUUAUUUAAACUAUACUUAAUAUAUAUUUUGUCAAUCUUAAUUUUGUGUAAUUAUAAAUGUUGAUACAUCUAGUAAAUCGAUAAAAGUUAGUUUUUGUGGUUCGUUAUGAAGCAUUUAUGUAUGUGUAUAUUACGUUUGUCUCAUCUGGAUGAAGUAAGCCUCAUACAUUUGCGAAAGUAUGUGAGUUUGGAGUUCCCGUUUGUUCCUGUUUGGGUGGACGCAAUAGUUUCAAAUACUAAAUAUUUCAAUAUUAAUGAUUUAUCACUGCAAUUUACGGAUAUUUAACUCAUUUUUAUUGAAAAACAUACCUCCAAGUGAGAACUAGAAUUUACGAAAUAUUCGAUGUAACCAACAGGCCUGACAGUUAAUGUGUUCGUUAUUUCGGAAAACUACUGUAACUAACGACGAUUUUUUUCGCGUGCAGUAAUAAUAUAAAUAGAUAAUUGGUAUUUGUUUGACACAAGCUAGGCAAAGUAUAAUACCAUUUCAAAAAUACAUACAUGUAAAUCGGUUAUAUAUAUAUAUAUAUAUAUAUUUCACAUUAAAAGCGGAAAAAGUCUAGUGUAACGGUCUAAUCUACACUUUGUUGCAACCAUGUGCUAACAUACCCGCUUUCUUUCUUUGUGGAUAAAUGCUUAUUUUCGAGAAUUGCGAGCAAAAUGAUAAUUUACUAUCUAUUUCGAAUAGCAUCCAAAAAAUCCUACUACUCGAGAGUAAUUAAAGUAACUAUUGAAACUCAAAUGAUAUUUCAAUAGGGAAAACUGGUCUAAAAUUUGUAAAAUAGAGGUUGGUAUCAUUAAAAAAUCAUUGAUAUAUCCGAGUACUCUCCUGUUUCAAAUUCAACUCUCAAAGACAGCAGGCAGAGGAUAGGGGAUUUAAAUGUUCUUCUAAUAUAAACUACAUAGGCAGAUAGCACAUCUAUUGGCAAAACACUUUAUAAAUUUCAACUGCUGAUUUCAGAUAGUUACUAAACUUUAUUAAAAAUGUGAAGAUAUCAAUAGAAACUCAUAACACUUUAAUACGACAAUCGAUGAUGGUAGGCAACUAUUGAGAACAUCAAAACAUAAAAAAAUUCAAAGCACUCCCUUCAAUGGUAAGCGUUUUUUUGGAAAAAUGUUAAAUGUGUUAAAAUUUCAUAUGUAUGGGUUUGUAAAUUUAAUAUGUACUGGAUAUAUGAAAUAAAACAGCAUUUUUUAAUAUUAUAAAUAAUAUAAUACAAUAUAUUUAAAUGUGUACGGCCCAGGUUAUCGUUUAUAUCGAUCCUGGGUGCAUAUGUAUAUUAUACGCAGAGCUUAUGGCUUUUAUUGGGUUUCAUGAGUCUUGUAGACAAAAGUGUAACAAAAUUUGCAUUUUGAUUUUUUUCUUCUUUUUUUUAGUAUCCUCUACAAAUACUCUACGGAGUAGUGACUUGAAUGUAGUUUCAAAAAUAAUAUUCCAAAUUCGUCAUGAUAUUAAAGAUGCAGUAUACUACACUGCCUCAGGGCCUCACCAUACUACGCGGAACACAUUUUUUUAUUGUUUAAAAAAUAGUUGUUAAUUUUGGAUUACUCUCUUAUCCAUGUAUAAUCCGCCCUAUUCUCGUUGUCGUUGUCGUUCUUAUCGCUAAAGAAAAGUUAUCGAAAUUUGUAUACAUAUUUUACAUAGUAUACUUAUAAAAACAUAAAAAUAAAUAAAAACUUCUUAUGCAACGAGACUCAUCUUUAAAACAGUCCUUAAUGGAUUUGAUGUUAUCCUCUACUUCACUUACGU